AUGGACCAAUGCAAGAUGCCAUCAUUCGUGGAUCUCAAGUUCAAGGCUAGAAUGGCUAGUUACCCAAGCAGACCCAGCCCUGAUUCAAACGCAACCGGAGCAGCGCGGCUAGUCAGGUGCUCCACUUGGGUUCGAGAGAAUGGAAUGCAGGUGCAUGUGCAUACUGCAAGGACGAAGACGGAGGAGCCGAUAAAGCGGGGGAUGAUGCUUAUUGAUCGCUGCAGACAGACUGCUACCGAAGCAUCGAUCAUCACAGGCAUGCCACGACACGCCCCGCUCUACUAUCUCCAUGGAUACUGCACUGUCAGCACCCUUGCACUUUGUGUCUUGAUAAGUGGACAGAACCGAGCAGCCUCACCCCUGUCCGUGUAUAUUGGCGCGGCUUGCCGCUCGGAAGAAGCAACCGACUGA